CUUCAAACAAGUCUUCAUUCAAAAAAGUGCUGACAAAUCUCCUACAGCACUAAUUUACAUACUAGACUAAAAACAGGUGUGCAUUUGAAUGGAUUUUWGCAGCCUUAUUGUCUMUGAGCCAAUAGGAGGUGUCAAAAAACAGGUGAUUGGCAGGUGGUCAGGGCUCAAAAGAUGAGUGGUUGAUUCGUUUGCCUAAACACUCACAAAGCCYGAAUACUACUGGUUGGUCUUGAGAUCUUAUGGUCUAGAUCUCAUUUAAUAUUCUGUCUUCUAUUACAAUGGCUGAUUUACAAUGAAGAAAGACUUCUCUUCAAUUGAGCCAUGGUUAUUCAUAGACACAGGUCUUUUUGACAGACCUACGGCUUUGGUUAGAACUGCUAUAAGUUUAUUAUAUCAAGAUUUGGAUCUGUUUCCUUGGGAUGUGAAGAACGCAUAGGGGGAAUUCCUAUUAUUUUCUUGUAAUCAUUGUACUGGAUUUGCAUAAGUAUUGAUUGGAAUUCCAAGGAAUAACUWCAGUGUGUCUAUUCAGGGUUACACAAAGCUUUGAAUCCCAAAACCUUACAGAURCYARGUUGGUUAUAAAGAUGUUUAAAUCCCUCUUGGAAAGGUGAUCAAAGAUUAUUGUAAUUCUGUGGUCAAGGCAACUCAAUUUAACUAAYAUGGGUUAAGAUAUGCAGGAUUUUAAGGAAAUAAUUCAAACACAACCCAAAAAUACUUUAAUUAUUUUCAUUCCUUGACAAUUGGCCAAGAAUGGCUAGCUGUGAGACUGGCCCAAGUCCUCAAGUCCAUGAACRUGGGCACAGUGUCAAGAAAAGUGGAAUGACAGCAAAUAGUAAGGUGCUAGAAACAGGGGAGACUUCUAAAUGUAUAACUCCUGCAAAGAAAGAAAUGUCAAAGAAAGACACCAGCUGUUUAAAAGGAAAUCGUUUUAGUACAUCAUUUGAGAAACCUGAUUCUUCCAAAAAGUUCCCUCCUUUUCGAACAGGAAGGUAUGUUCCCAAAGAAACUGUUUAUUCCCCUUUAUCUAAAACUGAAGGGCUAUCAUCUUCUUCUAAAGGAAAAUCUUCAAAUGAGAAAUUAAAUAUUUCACCCACAUGCUCACCGCCAUCAUCAAGAGAUAAUAAAUCCUCAAAUAGAGUUUCUAGUGUCUACGCAAGUCCUGGUGAAAAAUUUGAUAAAAACUGUGUUAAAGUAAAAACUGGAAGUAGAACUUCAAGUGAAGUACUUGAUAAUAAGACUCCAAAUAGAAAUUCAUCUCCUGACUCACUGCGUCUGUCUAGAGUAAGGCUGCUUUCUUAUGAUAAUAGAAGAGCUAGUUCAAUGGAUGGCAUAUCUAAGCAAUUACCAAUUAACUCCUUAAAAAGUACCACUCAAAUGAGUCACAGUGUUGACUCUGUUGAUGAAAGAAAGUCUAAUCCAAAGACAAGACCUAGAAGCUACUUAAUYGAGAAUGCUGAACGACGUAGAUCAAGAACUCAAACAGAAAGAUCUCCAAGACCAAAAAGCUCUGAUUUAGAUUCUCCCAGACAGCAGUUAAGUAAGUCUGCCAAAGGUGCAUUAAAUCCUUUACAUAAAAUCAUUGAGGAUAAUGCUCGCAGCCACUCGUCUGUUGAACACAGGGAUAAGCUGWCUCCUUUAUCACCUAAAUCAAGCAAGAAGAGUGGUGUAGUGAAAGACAGGCCUAAAAGUAUAACUUUAUUAGAGUCAAGAACUGGUAAAGAUAAUCAAGAGAAUACUAGGAUAUUUCUWMGRAAAGGWUCUGAUUCUAGGGAUCAGAGACCAGCUAGACCUCGCAGUGCUAUCAUUCUCAGCAGCAGCGAAAGUGAACGAAGYUACCGACAAACCAAACACAGAAAAGCUAGACGACUUCCACAGAGAAAUAUCUACGUAAAACGACGAAGRAAGCCYGUGAAUGCUUCCAAAGGUAUACCACUGCAAAGAACUUCAGCUAAAAAUGCAAAAUACAAACAAGAGCAGAAGAUAAAAGUUARUAUUAAAGAUGAAGUUGAUAGCAGGAAUUUGUUUCCAACUGAAAGGAUGAAGACUUUCUCUGUCUUUGGGGAUAAAUUUUGUGUUCGGACUAAAAGGACAGACAAGGAGAUUAUUGUGCCWAAGUUGAAGAGAUGUCGUGUUAUGGUAUGGAAGAUUAGAAGGAUAUCCUAUGAUCUWUAUGAGAAGGUGACUUUCCUGAACCCAAUGGUGACCAGAAAACCCAAGUUACAACGACAAAAGAAGCUUUUCAACAUACAUAAAGGAAAGAACUUCCUACGGGCUGGUCAAAUGAACACAAAUGUAGCAACAUGGGCAAGAUUAUUAAAAAGAGCAGCACCAACGAACUGUACUACGAACAACACUGCAUUAAGUCCUAAUGCACAACCUCCUUUGACAGAUCGGCCAUAUGCUGAACCAGUAGCGACCCCACCAAGACCCCAACCCUACACACCAGAACACUCCAAAGGACAAUCUAAAGCAACCUCACCCAACACRUAUCAAGUACCACACCAAGCUCAAACUACACCUAAACGACCUGUUGAAAGAGAAGUUCAGGAUGCUCUAUCGGCUUUUGGUUUCCUGGACAGUCCACAAAGUCCCCCAGCACAUCCAAUAAAAACUAGACCACCGCCUCCAAUUCCURUCCGGCACCAUAGGGUACCAUCUCCUGUAAAUUCAAGUCAUAUGUCAAUAUCUAACUUUAGAUGUAUAAGUGUAUUAGGCCGUGGCCAUUUUGGCAAGGUUAUAUUAGGAGAAUACAAAAAUACCAAUGAGUUAUUUGCAAUAAAAGCGCUCAAAAAGGGUGACAUUAUAGCCAGAGAGGAAGUUGAAAGUUUACUAGCAGAAAAGAGAAUCUUCCUCACAGCAAAUAAGACAAGACAUCCCUUCCUUGUUAAUUUAUUUGCCUGUUUUCAGACACAGGAACAUGUAUGUUUUGUAAUGGAAUAUGCACCUGGUGGUGACCUCAUGAUGCAUAUUCAUGCCGAUGUCUUCUCAGAAUCACGCACRGUUUUCUACACAGCCUGUGUGGUUCUUGGGUUACAGUAUCUUCAUGAACAUGAGAUWGUSUACAGAGAUCUCAAACUAGACAACUUACUCCUUGACGCUGAGGGCUAUGUGAAGAUUGCUGACUUUGGUCUGUGUAAGGAAGGAAUGGGUUUUGGAGAGCGCACUGGCACAUUCUGUGGKACUCCAGAGUUUUUAGCUCCAGAGGUUCUAACAGAAACGUCAUACACAAGAGCGGUAGAUUGGUGGGGACUAGGGGUUUUAAUAUUCGAGAUGCUGGUUGGAGAGUCCCCAUUCCCUGGAGAUGAUGAAGAAGAAGUCUUUGACUCCAUUGUUAAUGACGAAGUUCGUUAUCCAAGAUUUUUAUCAACAGAAUCUAUUGCAAUUAUGAGACGACUGCUAAGGAGAAAUCCUGAACGUCGUCUUGGAGCAACAGAAAAAGAUGCCGAAGAUGUAAAGAAACAGCCUUUCUUCAGGGAUGUGAGAUGGGAAGAUCUUCUUGCAAGGAAAGUAAGACCUCCUUUUGUACCUACUGUGAAACAUCCUGAAGAUGUGAGUAAUUUUGAUGAGGAGUUCACCUCAGAGGAACCAAUUUUGACACCUCCCAAGGAAGUCAGACUACUAAGCAUAGAAGAGCAGGGUCUCUUCACUGACUUUGACUACACUGCUGAUUGGUGCUAGCAUUGCUURGACGGCCCUUAGAUGAAUACCACAAUAAUAAGAGUACCCUCUAGGCAGCAAGCUACCUCAGUGGACAACAGUCAUAUCUAACAAUCUUUCUUUUUAGUUGAACUAAAUUAAACUUAAUUUUUCUAGWCAUUAACUUAAGCACCUUGUUUUACUAAAGAGAAAGCGUGUUUGACUGUUGCCAUUGAGACAUUUYUUUGAAGUUGCAGCUAGCUUGUAUUAUUUGCAAAAGAGAUGCUUGCUAUCAGACAAAGGCACCAUUAAACAAAAUGCUGUCUGUAUCUGAAUUAUGACAAAUGAACCGUUGUACUAAUAGAUCCUUUUUUGAAGUCAUAUUGAUAUUAUUUUUAGCCAUUUUUUAUUUACUCUUUCAUAACCCAAUAUUAUCACAACCUCAUGCUCAGUCUCCUGACCUAAAAUGCAAAGAGGAGUCUGGGAGCAAGGUUGAUGCUUCACAGUUCUUUCAAUAAUUCCUUGACUAUUUAGAUAAUAUUCUUAAUAAUUGUAUAUUUGAUGCAAAAUAGCAGAGAAAACAUAUUUUGUGGCGAAUAAUAGUGAUGUUUAUAUCUCAAGGGGUUAUUGAAAGGAAAAGAAGAAAGGACAUUUAUGGUGUAUAGUUAAAUUUUUGGACUUUCUUCCCUUGAAUUGUGUCAAAUUCAUCAUUGUACAAUAUCAGAAUUAACAAGUGAAAAUAGAUUGUUCUUGUAUUUCUGAAAUAAGAUUCAGUUCACCAAG